AUGCCUGAACCAGAAGACAAUCCCAAUGGAGCUGCGAAUGAUGGAACAAAAAAUAACUUGGAUGAAUCCAACACGACCACCGUUCAACUGGAUCUUGACGAAUCGAAGGCGCAUCUGAUAAACGCUAAUGGCGGUGCCAGAGGGGACCAUGAUGAGUUGAAAACAGCCAUUAUUGACCCGACAUCAGCGUCGUCAGAAGGAGAAAUAUCUUUCAAUGGAUUGGGGAAGGAAGAGGUGAUGAGAUAUGCCAACGACCCGUUCUGGGUGCGUCUGCGGUAUGUCUUGUUCAUCUUAUUUUGGCUGGGCUGGUUGGCGAUGUUGGUGACCGCCAUCGUUAUUAUCGUGCUAGCGCCAAGAUGCCCUCCCCGACCCGACCUCAAGUGGUACAAUACUGAAACCGUCUACCAGGUGUUCCCGAAAUCCUUCAAAGAUUCCAACAAUGAUGGAGUGGGUGACUUCAAUGGUUUAUCUGAGAAGCUGAGCUACAUCACAAAAAAUCUGGGCAUCAAGGCUUUGUGGAUCAACUCCAUUUUUGAGACGGACAAGCAGUCCAGCCUUGGGGUUGUGGAUCAUAAGAGCAUUGAUGAGUCGUUUGGAGUUACCUUUGAGGCCUUCCAGUCUUGGCUAAAGAAACUGAGAAAGGAGGGUGUGAAGGUGAUACUGGAUUUGAUCCCUAACCAGACCAGCAAGAACCACACCUGGUUCCAGGCCUCUGUGAAGAAUGAGGAGCCAUACAGAGACUACUACGUGUGGGUUCCCGGAGAUGCCAGCCAGCCUCCCAAUGACUGGAGAAACAUUCACGGUGACCCAGCAUGGAGCUUUGAGGCCACCAGAGGGGCCUGGUAUUUCCACCAGUUCUCCAAGGACUACCCUGAUCUCAAUCUGACCAAUGAGGAUGUCCGAAAGGAAAUUAAGGACAUCAUGUCAUUCUGGUUUGAGGCUGGAGUCAGUGGCUUCCACGUUGAGGGUCUGGAGUACUUGGUGGAGAACUCUGAUCUCAAUGCAGUGGAUGAACUCCAGAGUAGCCCCACUCGGAACUAUGAGGGCACCUUGGACCUGCUGGAAGACUUGCGCACAGUUGCUGAUCAGUUCUCGGACAAACCAGGCAGAGAGAGGCUUUUGUUUGGAACAUUGCUGCACGCAAGCAAGAAUCAGACUCGGGAGUACUGGGGGACAGAUAAGAAACGCCUCCAUGUUGUGUCUGCCUUGUUGAAGGAUCUGACUGCUGCUUGCGAUGCCAGUUGUAUCCAGACCAUGGUGGAAGAGCAGCUGCUCACUGAUGAUGUCAACCAGUGGCAGGGAAUUCAGCUUGGUGAUCAGAACACUAGAAGAAUUGCUUCCCGGCUGGACGCUGGAGAUGGCCAUUAUAGGGAUCGUCUUGUUGCGGUUCAUGCAUUGCAGCUGUUGCUUCCUGGAACUCCAUUCAACUACUAUGGUGAUGAGUUCGGGCAAAGAGAUGGCAAUGCAGGCACUGCUGAUCCGACAGAUAACUACCGUACUCCCAUGCAGUGGAACUCUAGUAAAAAUGCUGGCUUCACUGGCACAGGUGUUCAACCUUGGCUACCUGUAGGACCAGAGUUUAAGAUCGACAAUCCACAGGCUAGUGUGGCUUCCUUAGUUGGCCUGACACCAUUUAAAGCCUUCAAAGAGUUUGUGCAACUGAGAAGCAAUGAAUCGUUUCAGUUUGGCAAAACACAGGUGUGCUCACCCCAUUCAGGUGUGUUCAUAUUUACACGCAAGGCCACAAGGUUUCCGUUCUUCCUGACCUUGAUCAACACAGGUGAAAACGUGCAUGUCUCUCCAGAGGAGUUGCAGUGUGUCUCUGUCAGCGAUGAAGGCACAGUCGUCUUCCACUCCAGAGGCCUAAAAGUCAAUGAGCCUCAGAAUGUCAAAGAAUCGGGAAUUUGGCUGGAUAAGUUUGAUGUUGUGGUGAUCAAGUUUGCACCUGAUGAGUAG